UGCCCGAUGCCGAUCAAGUCGGGCGUGCUCUUUAAACGUGGCGCCGGCGGCCUCUUCCAGCGCAAGAACUGGAAGCCGCGCUACUUUGAGCUUUCGGACCAUGCGCUGCGCUACUAUACGCACCAAGGCGGCGCGUGCAAAGGACAGGUGUGCCUCGACGACCUCGACUCGAGUGCGCUCGAGCUCAUGCCGGUCGACCUCCCGAAGACAGGAUCCUCGGCGUCGACGGGCUGGCGCAUUGCGAUCCAAACACCGACGCGCCGCUUUGUCCUGGCGGCGGCCACGCACCGCGAAAUGACCGAGUGGAUGGCCGCGCUCUUGACGAUCUUGGCGUCGCAUGCCAAACCCACCAAGGCGACUCGGAAAUCGAGUUGCUUUUGCCCGCGCCCGAUCGUUGCCUUGCGAUGAGCGACAAAUUAUACCUAUUUAACUAUCUAUCGAUUUGUUAGUCGUCGAUCCAUUGGCGACAAUUCGACGUUUCUGAGUUGAGAUUUCCACAUUUGUC